GUACAUCCCAUUUUCGUGCUCGCUUGAUCAAGAUGGUCUGUCUCCGAAGGUCCCUCCCCCUCGAGCUGUGCCGCCCCAUGCUGCGAGUUUCGCUUUCCCUUCUGGUUCGAGAUCCCACCCGCGGGUCCCCAAUUUGUAGGUGCCUUCUUCUUCUUCUUCUUCUUCUUCUUCUCCUUCUUUUAUUUUUAUUUUUAUUUUUUUCCUACCCUUGUGUCUUUCCGCGCUUCCCUCGCGUGGAACGCAUUGUUGAAGUCCCUCAGAACUCGGGCUCUGCAGGAUCCUGGGUCUGUUUGUGCGCCUGAUCGAAGCGGUAGACUAGUCUCUUUUCUAGAGCUCCGGGUGUCGAUGCGCUGGGUAUUAGUUGCGGAGCACCGCGCUGUGUGGGUGUCGUGGAGCAGACAGGUGCAGUUUGUGAUGGGUGGGAGUGAGGCUCGGGAGGUCGAUGGCGUUUGGAAUGACUACGUGACGUGAGUGCUAGUUGGGUUGAUCGGGAGGUCAGCGAGAGAAAGGAAGCGAUAGAGAGAGGGAGGGGGUCUAUAACAAGGCUGCGGAAGCUGUGGCAUUGUGAGGUGAAAUUCAACUGUUCCAGAAAGGAGCUGCAUUGUGAAAACACUGUUAAAUAUCAGCUCUCUGCCCUGGUGCCAAGUUUCUUUGUACCUGGAGUUGUCAGCUUGAGUGUGUUUCUAGUGUGUAGAGCGGAGUGGGCAGGUUGAAUGCGGAUUGCAGAGGGGAAGACUACACUGCCCUUCAUGUGCAGGUUUCGGGGUGCCUCAGUGGCGGAAGUGAUGUAACGAAGUGGUUUAGGGAUGACUGAAUGGGACGGACAAUGCAGAUUUCUUGGCCUGUGAAGCCUGAGGGACAGAAUCACCAUGUCAUUGGCACUUCUAUGGGCUCUAGAAACCGGCCUCAAGGACAGCGCAUCACCACACUUUCUCAAGCAGAGUACUCCAUCUUCUCCCCUGUUCUGUGCCCGGCUGUGGUAAGUUGGCUGAAAGAUUCAGACUCUCGCGGCCACGGUGUUGGAGCCCUUGAAAUCUCUCAGCCUGCCAACAAGAAUAUGGGUUACCGGAGUCUACAGGGUGACGCCGAUUUCCAUGAUGCGGAGACGGACUUUCGGGAUUCUGAUGGAUCGACCCAAUGGAAGGAAAUCCAUACCGACACUGACAUAUCUACGCAUACCCCCGAGUUGGAGCAAAUGCAUCCACAUCCGCUGAAGCCUAAUAAUUUCUUGGAACGUAUCAAAAGCCCUACCAGUGCAUUGCAUACACCGAACCGGUCUCCAAAUCGGAGCGAGAAUUUUCAUAAUGGCGGUGAACAAAGCACUGUGAGUAGCAAUGCGACUCCUCUGACAAGCUCGAAGAGCCCUCGAAGCAAGUUCUUGAUUCCAUCUACCAGUCCUAAUGAUUUCUAUGCUCGAGAUCACACCUCGGCAGCAUGUACUAGCGUGACAAACUCGCCGAAGCAUUCCAGCCUGUGGAGUCCUCACCGAAUGCCAGUAGAGACCCGCUCAAGUCUUGCGGCUCAUGAUAUACCCAGCCCCUCUGCAACAUCAAAGAAUUUUGGCUGGCUGACUCCAACAGGACAGCACGCGCGUGUCUCAAGUCCUCCUAGUCCGGACUUUGCAAGAGCUGGUGGACAUCAGCGUGACUCGUCCACGUCUUCCUCUUACAUACUACCUCCAGCUAGACAUUGGUCGGCGACGGAAGUCACUCCUCAGAGUCCGAGUCCUGCCCAUUCCCUGACAUCCUCCAGACCACCAAAAUUGAUGCAGCAGAACCAGAACGGGAAUGCGUCUCCACGCCCUAAAGGUUCGAAGGAAAAGUUCGAUAAAUUGUCUGAGAAGUCUUCCGGAAAGGCAUGGAGGAAUCUGUCGCGGUCGAUCUCUCCCUUGUUUCCAGGAAAGAAGAGUGACGGCGUUGGAAGCACCUUGAGGGGCAUCGGCAGAGAUCUUGGCGCCUCAUUCCAGGGUAGUAGACGACGAGGACAUGCUAACAAGAACAAUGCAUCUGUGGCGGACUGGAGCAGUGGUAGCGGCGAUGGUUCUACGGCCCCGCCGGAACCUGAGAAGGAGGGAUCAGAUUACCAAUCAGAGCUUACGAGGCAAGGAAGCACGAAGAGUAUGAAAGGGUCUCACAACAUGUUCAAUUUCAUGAGCUGGGGGAAGAAGAAGAGCAACGUCGGCGGGUCAAAGGUCAAUGAGCUCUUCCAAGUCAUCGAACAGGGAAGCGUGAGGCUAGACUCUAAUUCCUUCAAGGUCAUGGACUACACUAUCAAGACGCUCCAGUUCAAAUUAGAGCAAGCAAAGAAGAACGAGCAGACCACUGCGAGUGAGCUUAAAGCGUUGCAAACUUUCAUGGAAACAAUGGAUGGGAAGUAUCAGAAAUUGCAACAGCGGUGCCAGCAGCUGGAAUCUCAGAUAGGUCAACGACGAGUCGAUAACAGGGAUAUGGACAUGGAUUACGGGAUGCCCAGGCACAGUCGUAACAACACUGGCACUGGAUUGGGGUUUAAAGCGCAUCGCUUUACCACUCUGGAAGUGACUCCGCAGCUUUUCCAGAGGUCUUAUGAUGAUGCCAAGCUUUGCGUUAAAAAACUCGCUUCCGCCUUGUGCAUUCACAUCCGUGAGUCUGGAGAGUCUGCCACGGAAGUGAUCACCUCACUUCUAGAGCAACAAAAGGACGCCGGACUUCUUGUAAGCAAGAUGCCGCGGAGCGUCAUUAUCCUUUACUUCGAGUCCUUCCUCAAUCAGAUCAUGUACGAGAAUUUCGAGAACAUUUCCUACGAGCCUAGCGGCUCUGUUCCAAUUCUUGAUCCCGAAGCACUCCGAGCCACAUGCUGCAAGGCUUACAAUGAACUCAAGAAGCAGGAAUGGUCCAGCAUUGAGAAAUCCCUCGGCAAACCUGACUCCACGAUUGUGAACCCUACCUUCCACCGCUUCUUCGUCAUACGCGUUGAGCUCAUCCUCUCGCAGCUCACCAAAGUAGCAGAUAAAGAGACCUCGCUCGCACUCCUGGGCACCUUCUUCAACGCCUUCAAGUCCGUGUGGCUCCUGCACCACCUAGCCUUCGCAAGUGACACCCCGGUGUCAAUUUUUCGCGUCGCGCCGGCCAUGGACUUUGAUCCCCGCUACAUGGAGCAGGUGACCACUUACGAGGAGGACCCGAGUCGCUCCAAGAUCAGCGUGAUGAUCACCCCAGGCUUUAAUGUACAUCGACAGACCAUCAAAUGCCAAGUAUUUUGUAGCAGUAAAUAUUAUUAGCUGUAAUCCUAACCCCAUUCAUUAAGGAUGUCUCCGAUUGAUCAGCAAUUCUCACCCGCAUCUGGGACCCCGCACUCGUAAGUCUUCCAACUGAUGAUUUUUUUCGUCUUGCCUAGGAUCUUGAGAAAGAGUCGCUGUGAAGGAUUCUUAGACUGGUCUAUGAGACCACAACAAUCUCAGUUAGCGACUGACUGACUUGAUUGAUUCAUAGUGUACACGCAUUCAACGCUAUUCAAGCGUGGUACUAACAUGAAACUCAAAACAUUCAAUGUAAGCAUCCUCAUAAGCAGGAGGUAUUUAAGAACGGUGUCCCCGUUUUUUUCUGGCAA